UGGCCUGGUCGGGUCGGUCUGGUCUCGACGGGGAUGGCUUGGUUUUAAAAGCACACGACCGAAGAUCGAGAAGCUGGAAGGACAGUCAGCAGCAGCACAGCGCCGAGGCGCAGGUGAAUGUUGUGGGGUGGACACUCACGCUUCCUCCCGCCCACUUUUCACAGGAAGGCCCCCCAAGGCCAGCACCAAGACCACGACCUCUGCUGCUCCACAGUCGGUCUCUUUGGCGUUGCUGGGCGCGGGGAACAGUUGGUGGUCAGGAUCGCCACCAGGGCCGCAGCCCGGGUUCUUGGACCUCCGUCGCCCUUUGCAAAUGCACCACCAGCUUACGCACCACGGCUGCCGUCUCAGCAGCCACGCGCCUGGUCGAGGAGGUCGCGAAAGGACGUGAAGAUGGGCCACUAUGAACCAGCAACCACUGAGAGGGGCCGAGGUGUGCGACAGCGGGUUGUCAGACGCGAGCUGGAUGCCACGAGUGGACUGGAUUCUUGGGAAUUGCGGAUUGUUUGGAAUCUUUUGGUCUGCACUGCCUCUCUCCUCUCUCCGCCAACCCAAUAACGCAAAUGGUCAGUAUUUGCAAUCAUCACAGAACUGUCAUCGGCCCACAGUCACCAGCGCCAUCAGGCAUUACCAUCAUCUGUCUCUCGUCUCCCUUUCCAAGCGAGCAUCGUAGAGUCGCAUUCGCGGUCUCCCAAGGCGU